UGAUAUAAUUUGGUUUUCGGCGUUAUUUGGCCUCUCGGAUGUGUAUUUCAGUGAAAGCCGGGCAGCUCCGAUCGUUUCUCGGGUCCUGGCUUUUAGGUUAUGGCGCCCAUGACACUCCCUUUUCUCAUCAAGAUUUUUGUACUGAUGUUAUAAACAGGGCAAGGUCGCUUUGUAUUCUGCUUUUGCGCAAAAUGGGGGAUGUCCAAAGACCAUUGCUGCUGACACAUCUGAAAUGCUUAGUUUUGGAGUCAAAUUUUACGUUACGCUAGUUGUCUGCGCGUAGUACUGGCGCAUCGUCUGCUGUGUAGUAGUAGUAAGUAAAUCGAUUGUUAUGAUGCAGUGUGUGUGUGGUAGUGGGUAGGAGCCGUUAUGCGGCUUUUCAAAUUGUUUUAUUUUUGUGAAACUACUGGGAAGCAAUGCACGUAAAUAAUGACGCAGAAGAAAUUCUUGACCACCGCGGCGCUGACGAAGGAGGGGUACCUGAUGAAGCAGACCUCCUCCUUUAGCCGAUGGCGCCGGCGUUACUUCAAGCUCCAGGGGACCAAACUCUACUACGCCAAAAAUAAUAAGGCUGUGAUUUUUGACGAGAUCGAUUUGACGGACUCUACGGUUACAAACCUCAUCGUCCGGAACGUUGCCCACACAUUUCAGGUGAUCAGCCCCUGCCGGCGCCUGGCGCUGGCCGCCGAGACACGCUGCUUGAUGGAGGAGUGGGUGUCGGCGCUCAAGACGGCCUCCCAUCGGCCCGGCACCCGGAUCGGCAACGACUUUGAGGGUGGAGACCAGCAUGACUUCUUGUCGGGGCAGCACCACUGGUACGCCUCUUCUCACGCUCGCCCAACCUACUGCAACGUGUGCCGCGAUGCGCUGUCAGGUUAGUAACAUUUUCAGAGA